AUGGAAACAGUUGCCAACCAAGUUGCCGCCCAGGAGGCGGAAGAAGUCGAAGACCUAGGACCAUGGACAGUGGUUCCUGGUGGCGAUGUCAUGCUCGUCGUCGGGGCCAGAAAGGUUCAAAUUCUCGUCUCUGCAAGCUUCCUGAGCCACGUCUCUGUGAUGUUUGAGAAGAUGUUUUCUGGCGGAAUGAAAGAAGGCAACUCACUCACGAACCGAGUUGACGGACAGCAAGCUCGCAUUGAGUUGAUAGACGACAACCCCGAAGCUACCUACCAUGCACUGAAGAUCUUGUACGGGUCAGACCCUGGAUCCUUCAAGCUGCCCCCUCGAACCAUCCGGGAUGUAUCUAUCUUCGCAGAUAAAGCAGACAUGGUACAGCGCUUCAAACCUAUCUGCUCCCUGUGGCUGGAAACAGCACCAGGCUCAGUCGACAAACCCAGUCUUCAAGCAGGCUUCGACCUACUUGUCGCGUCGUACUGGUUUGACCAUGGCGAAGGUUUCUUCAUCAUGAGCCAGUUUUUUGUUCGUACCGACAUCCCGUUGCUGGAGUUUGCCCUGGAACUCGGAGAUGAACCCCUUGGCCUUCGUCUGGCUUUGGCAAUUGAAGAACUCAGACUAGCAAACGCGUACCGUAACGAAACAAUCGGACUCUGCCUAGAUUGUUUCGUUGCUGCCACUAAGAACUUUGUUGCCCAGCAGCCUGGGUGUCGGCGGACACGUCGGCACCUGGUGCUGUGA